AAUUUUCCCAAGCCAGCUUCUUCUUCCACAGCUCACCUGGUGGUUUGUUUCAAGUGCUCCUUGGCUUUUGAUCGCUCUGGCAUUAUGAAGGCUUUCCUGAGUAUGUGCUUUCUCUUUGUCCUAGUUUCUUCUGGUGAGUAGGAAUGUUUCUCUUAAUCAUAUCUGGAUGGGUGUUAGCAGGGGUCAGAAUGGAAAGACUGAAAUAGGUUUUUGGAAGAGAAAAGGAGCUGAAAAUAUGGAUAAGAAUAGGAGGAUCUGAGAAUCUGGACUCUAAAUUUUGGAGAGGGGAGAAGACCAGCAAACUUCAGUUACAUGUUCUAAGUUACAGACCUCAUUUUGAAGUCUGGAAAGGAGCACUGCUUUUAUGUUUAUUUUCUUUUGACUGGGAGCUUGGUUGAGUUGAAUGGGUUAGAGGUGGAUUAAAGGAGCCAAGCGAACAUGGUUCUGAGUGUUAAAAAGAGUGAAGACUAUGGUUCAUUCACAAGGAUUUGUGAAUGACCCAUAGAAUCUCAACUCAGUUUCAGCCAUAAGGAAUCAGUGGCCCAGCAGAAUAAAGGGACUGCUCCAAAUUGCAAACAACUGAACUCAACCACAAGGCAGUGAGUCAUUAUUUCUUAUCAUUCAGAGUUAAACAAGUGUAAAUAGAAGAGUGGAGUAUUAGGAGUUUAGAAUGGGGCACAAAUGUGUCCAACAUGCAUCAUGGACAUGCACCUCAUACAUACCUCACAUUCAGAUGGUGUAGCAAAUUUUGUAAAGGUGACUAUUACACUAGUAGAGGGUAUUUCUGUUACUUGAGGUCAGCUCAACAAUGGGACUCCCAGAUUCUUUCAUAUUUUUUCUUCCUGAAGCAGUGAUUGGUGACACCAAAUGGAGAAAUGGGGAGUGGGUGGAAUAAAACACAGGGAUCUCAGGUGCUGCUUGACUUCAAGGUAAACAGUUGCGCUUCCUGUGCUGUUCUGGCUACCCUGUUUGGGAUUGAUACACUUUUCAUGAAGACCUCAUGCAGCCUGUAACAGGUUGCCUACCUGCCAUCCCUGUGUUGGCAACUGGCAGUGUUUGGGAAGGAAGGUAGAUGGGGAAGCAUCUCCUGCUGCACCUUUCUUCCCAUAACCUCCAGGCCCUCCCCAUCUAGCCAACAGCUAUUUUUUGGGCUGUUGGUAGCACACUUACCAGCACCAAUAAUGUGGCUGUGUAUGGAAGUGUGUGAUAGGACUUAUGAAAUCCUAUCUAAAAUGUCACUGCUCAAAUGGUUGGUGAUGGCAAGAACUGAGAACAACACUGGGACUAUGAGAGGGAGGUUUGAAUCUCAUCACCAUGUGUUGAAGUGCAGGGAAAUGUGCGUGAAUGGGAAUAAGGCUGUGCAUCUGUCUGUGUCUGUGUAUAUUUGUGUGUGAGAGAGAUAGACGAGAUGGUGUGUGUGUGUGUGUGUGUGUGUGUGUGUGUGUGUACACAUGUGGAAUCUUGAGAUAUGUAAGAUUCCUCGUGUCUGUUAAUAGUGGUUUGCAUCCAAGAGCUGAGAUCAAGGUCAGAUUUCUCUCUGUGAAUGUAUGUAGAUGUCAUUUCUCAAGGAAUGAGAAACCCAUGGCACUGAUUGUUUCCUACUCUUUCCUCCUAGAUGUAUGGCAUCAAUGUUACCGGCAUAUUUACCGUGGAAGGGGAGUGUCAGAGUUCUGUAGUAUUGGAGAGGAUAGCUGCAUUUCAAAUUUUACUCGAUUUAAUUUAGGUGAGUGUAAAGCCUCUUAGUCCAAUAAAGCUGAGUGUGUGGGUCCUGUAUUAUCAGGGGAUUAUAAUAAUAAUAAUAAUAGAUGAUGUGCAUGUAUGAAUGCAAAAUGACCACAGACUGUGCUCUUGUCAAAAUGUCAAAAAGUGCAACAAUCUGGUGACAGCUCACAUCUUCAAACUCUGACAGAUACAUUCUAAAAUCAAAUGAAGCCAUAAGAGAUCUAUUUUUAAAAGAACAAACAUUUAUCUAUCAUCCAUCCCCACAAAGGCUUACUUGCAAAACAUUUUUCAUUUUGUGAGAGCCAGAUUGAGGCGAGAUCAAUGGAAUGAAAAGAGUAGAGGGAAAAGGAAAGAACAGGAAAUAAUACAACCUGCCAGGGCUCUUCAGGAAGUAGGAACAAUAUUGUAUAUAGAGAGGACAAACCAACUCUAUUUUCUGUAUUUUAGCAAUAAAUAUUGUAACAAUGUUGUAACAACAAACAAUAUUGUAGUGUAACCAUAAAACAGGAAUUUAAUGUUUCUGGGGCAUCUUGAUUUGAAUGAAUUAACUCUAUCAUGCCAUAGUUUGAAAAUUGGACUAGAGAGUCCAUAGCCACAGGGCCCCAUCCUUUCCCCCCAUGAAUCACUUGCCUGUUUUAAGCAAAGAGUGUAAUAUGCUAGGUGAUUCUAAAUUGUAUUUCUAUUACAUCCACAAACUCCUUUAGUAUCAUUGGGUGCAGCUCAUCGGGCGCUGGAGAUUGGAAUUGACUUAAAAUAGCUAGUUGUUCCCUUACCACCUCUUUUCCUUUCUUGGGCUCCAGCUCCCUCCUUACAUUCUUUAUAAUGUUAUCAGCAGGUUAGGCACUUUUCUUUUGGGUAAAGAUGUUGUCACUCAGCAGCAUUUAUCUGACUUCUCUGUUGCAUCAAUAUGUAUACAGUGGUACCUCGGGUUACAUACUCUUCAGGUUACAUACGCUUCAGGUUACAGACUCUGCUAACAAAUAAAUAGUACCUUGGGUUAAGAACUUUGCUUCAGGAUGAGAACAGAAAUUGUGCUCCAGUGGCAUGGCAGCAGCAGGAGGCCCCAUUAGCUAAAGUGGUGCUUCAGGUUAAGAACAGUUUCAGGUUAAGAACGGACCUCCGGAAUGAAUUAAGUACUUAACCCGAGGUAACACUGUAUUAGGAAGCAUCAUAUAAAUUUCAAUCAUUAGGGGGCUGAUUUGAAAAAUUUUGGUUUUGAAUUGUACCUAUAUCUUUCUUUGUCCUUCUCACAGAUGAUAUGAUAAUAAAAACAGAAAGGUGGGGAUGCACUUCAGAUUGUACCCCAGGGGAUUACAGCUUUACUACACUAGAAGAUAUAUAUUUCCGACGUAGAAUACACUGCUGCCAGGGUAAUAAAUGCAAUAACCAAUCCGCACCUGGUAAAUAUCUGCAUGCUUUUGAAUCUACAUACCCUGAGAAUGAAGGUCAUUUUGGUUUCAGGUUUCAUCCUUGGGUACCCAUAGAAUAGACUAAUGCUACUGUUCUAGACCAAGAUUCUUCUCCUAGUUUGCAUGGAAGAUGGUUAGAAUCACCCUCACCACCUGUUUCUCAAAGAGAAAACAGGUAGCCUAUGUUAACUGUUGAUUGAUCAACAGCUUCAGAUGACCCCUGAGAAUGUGGAGAAAACACCCUGGAUAAAUUGGGGGAUUUGAGAGAGAGAGAGAGAGAGAGAGAGAGAGAGAGAGAGAGAGAAGAACACAUGUCCUCCUUGUUCCCUGAUAGCCGUGCUGACCCUGGGUGUUAUCCUGUUGUGCAGAUCCGAGGAGGUAGUGAGGGGAACCAUCUGUUGGUACUAAUGGCCAUCCAGAAAACUACAAAGCAGCACUGCUGAGGGAUUGGGUUGAGGGUGCCCUCUACCAAGGGUUUUUGCGGGGGGGGGGGGGGUUCAUCUUGUGUGGGUUGAAUUGUUUGAGUGCACUCCUUGGUGGAAAGGAUGAGAACCAGGUAGCAGAUGUGUGCAGCUCCACCUAUCCUUUGGUGGGAGAUGGCAAUUUAUGAGAGCGCCUGUUUGCUGUUGGGAACAGUAGAUCUCUGUGAGUCUUGGGUGGUAAUUAGAAUGGCUAUUUCAAUAAAUGAUGAGUUUCAAUGUCUCCUUGGGUUUGUAAUACUAAUAAUAUUUGUACCCCACCCAUCUGUCCCAGCCAAACUUAGUGGCUUCCAGCUUAAACAAAAACAUAAUAAAACAUAAAAUGUUAAAAGCUUUCCAAUACAGAAUGUCCAGGCUGAAUGAUGGGGGUAGAGAUGCUUCUUCAGGUAUACUGGUUUGUGGCUGUUUAUAGCUUUAAAGGCCAGCACCAAGACUUUGAAUUAUGCCCAGAAACAUACUGGGAGCCAGUGUUUGUGUUAAUUUUUUUAUUCAUUUUCAAUAACAAUCUUCCAAUUAAUGACAAAUCAAAUCAAAUCAAAUCAAUGCAUAUUACAAUAAUAACAAUACCACCAAUUAUAUAUUCCAAUAAUAAAUAAUUUUGGGGAAUUCCCAUGUUCUAGUUGUCUAGAGAUAUUCAUCCUCAUUCAUGUCUCUCAUGUUUCGGCUAUUUUUCCAAAUUCAAAACUAAUAUUAUUCAUCCUGAUUCUCAGUCUAAUCAGUCGUUUCUGUGGCUCACACCUUCUGUAGUAAAGUUUUUGUAUUGUUAACACACAGCAGGCAUUUUUUAAUUCAUCUCCUUCUCUGUCCAAUUAUUUUGGUAUUCAGUCCUCUUAUCUCUCCUUUGACUGCCAAGUUCUCAUUAAUGGCAACAGGCUUUGUUCCAAAAAUAGAGUUUAUAAAUGGCAAGUCAACAAAUUCUCUCUGAUGCCUCUUAAUGACCUGAUAUCUGCAUAUGUCUGUAUAAAAUGCUGUAUUGUGGGACAUGCUUCCCGACUCUAUGUUAUGUGAGAAUUAUUUGAAUUCCUCCAAGAUCAAAAGGACCCCCUCCAGCUCCUCCGGGCCCUAGAAGAGCUGGCAGGGAUCCAGUGCUCUCCGUCCUACUGUCCACAAUUUCUGUCCACUGGCGCCGGGAUCCAGUGUUAUAUGGUUCCGGCGGCUGCUCCCACUCACCAAUCUGGCAGCCCCACAUAGUGUGCUGCAGUAGUCCAAGUGGGAGAUAACCAGAGCAUGCACCCCUCUGGCAGGACAGUGUACAGGCAGACAGGGUCUCAGCCUGCCUAACAAAUGGAUCUGGUAAACAGCUGCCCUGGACACAGAAUUAACUUGUUCCUCCAUGGACAGCUGUGAGUCCAGAAUGAGGCCCAGGCUGUGCACCUGGUCCUUCAGGGGCAUAGUUACUCCAUUUAGAACCAUUCAACUCAGAUGCAACUAUUAAACAUAACACUUAUUUAUCAACAGCAUGAAAGAGAAGAGAGAAAGAGAGUGAUAGAAAAUAAGUGCAAAAGUAGUUCCUAAUCUCUCUCCCCAAAUGACAGACCAUCUUCAGUUAUCUUCUGGGAGCGUUCAUUUGCUCACCUAGCCUUACAACCUGGUAAAUCUCAACUUGCCACAAGAAUCUUUCCAAGAUAUUGAUGCCAAGAGGUUUCUUUGUCACCUCCUGCAGUAAGUCCUCCCCUCAAGAGUGAAAUUCACCCAUAGUGUGGGUAGAGUCUCUCCAGUCUAUCUCAGGACAGCAGCAACUAAAAUUGCUCCCUUUUCUUCAUAAGCUGGUUGUCAGACUCUUCAACUGCAUUGAAUGCACGCUUGAUUCUAGAAGCAGAAUGUGAUGGAAACACUGCCAACUUCUCAUAGGAUUAGAUAACUGAAGCCUAGGAAUUAAAAUAGAGACAUCUGGUCUGGAUUCAGGUGUUGAUUCUAAUGGUUGCUUUUGGCAGGGUCGGAUCCGCCCUACAAUGGUUUGGUGUGCCCAGGCUGUAUUUCUUCCAGCUUUGAAGAUUGUCAGGACUCAGAGACUGUCAGGUGUAGAGGAGAAGAGAAUCUGUGCAUAGAGUUUGUGAUGGCUUAUUGUAAGUACUCUGGUUAACCAUUGAGUCAGAGGUGGGAGGUGGACGCAGUUUGCUAGGGUGUGUGUGGGGAUGCUCUCUCAUUCAGUCUGUGGCUUCCUGCCAGAAAAUACAUAGUAUGUGUACGGGAAGGGGAGUUUUCUUUCCCCAAAUAAUAUUAGCGUUCCAAUAGGCUUUGCUUUGUAUAUAAUGUGAGUGGGUGGCGCUGUGGUCUAAACCACUGAGCCUCUUGGGCUUGCCGAUCGGUAGGUCAGUGGUUGGAAUCCGCGUGAUGGGGUGAACUCCCGUUGCUCGGUCAAAGCUCCUGCCAACCUAGCAGUUCAAAAGCACUCCGGUGCGAGUAGGUAAAUACUGCUGCAGUGGGAAGGUAAAUGGUGUUGCUGUGUGCUCUGGCUUCCAUCAUGGUGUCCUGUUGCACCAGAAGCAGUUUAGUCAUGCUGGCCUCAUGACCCAGAAAGCUGUCUGUGGACAAAUGCCAGCUCCCUCAGCCUGAAAGCGAGAUAAGCGCCACAACCCCACAGUUGCCUUUUACUGGACUGAACCGUCCAGGGGUCCUUGACCAUCUUUACUUAUAUGGAUGAGACCAGGUGUUGGCAAGAUUUACCUUGCCUGGGCUGGAUCUGUCCCACGGAGCCCCUCCGUGGGUUGGAUAGCGAGUGCGCGUGAGGGUGCCCGUCUGCGAUCUCUGGCAUUUGCCUGAGUCUGCACAUGCACAGACGCGAUUUCCAGCAUCCUCGCAAGUCUGCGCAUGUGAAGACACAAUUCUGGCAUCUGUGUGCGUGAUUUCCAACGCCACAGAAGUGAGUCCCUAUGCUGUUACGUGAUGCGCCACAGUGAGGCGCAGGAACUCACCAAGUGGGUUGUUCAGUUCUGGGGCGGCUCAUGGCCAGUUAAACGGCUUCUGUGUCCCAUGGGGCGCCUGGAUGAGACUAUGUGCUUCUGCCUCUGGUGUGUACAUGUAUAUGAGAAAGAGACAAAUAAUCUGUUUGUUAAAUUACAAACACCCACCCACAUAUAUAUAUAUAUAUAUAUAUAUAUAUAUACACACACACACAGAGAGAGAGAGAGAGAUAAAUUUAAAGAUCCUUAAAAAAAAACAAAAAACUUAAAGCAGCCAUGGAUUUUGAAUUCCAUAACCAUGUUGGUUGGGUUUUAAGCAUCAGUAUGAUAUUAGGAUGCGAUUUUAACAUGUUUCUAUAUGCACAAUACAGUUUACAAUGAUUAAAAUGUUCCCAUUCUCUGUCUCCUGCACCCUGUGACCUUGGUAUUACCCAAGGAUUUGUAUGACUAUGCUUUUUUCUCUUUAUUAGAUGGCUUUAAUCAUUCUGAUAUGGCUUUCAAAGGCUGUGCAACACGGGAUUUUUGCACGCUGGCAAGGGCAUCAGUGGCUUAUGAUUACAUUUUUGACAAAAUCAAACAAGCACAAUGCUGUCAUACUGCAGAACCACCAACCUUGAAGAGUAAAGAAGUCCAACCUUGAUGAGUAAUUAGAAGAUAGCAAAGUCUUCCCCUUUGACAUUUAUGAUAUGCAGCCACAGUGAAGGAGGAAGUUGCUUACCUGAUAUUGGGAGUGCAGAGAAAGUGGGGUUCACAGGACUGCAGAGUCCCCUAUUUGGCAUUUAGUGUAGGAUGAAUGGGAUGCAGGGAUGGAUAAGCUAAAGUAGAAAAGUGGGGCUUGG